UUGUCCAAAGCUGAAAUUCAGUUCCACAUCGCUCAUUUGUAUGAAAUCCAGAAGAAGUACAGAUCAGCUAAAGAGGCGUAUGAGAGUCUGCUGCAGACAGAAAGUCUUCCUGCACAGGUUAAGUCAGUCACACUGCAACAACUUGGCUGGAUGCAUCACACAGUGGAGCAGCUCGGUGAUAAAGAUGCCAAGGACAGCUAUGCCAUCCAGUGUCUACAGAAGUCUUUAGAGGCAGACCCAAAYUCUGGCCAGUCCUGGUACCUUCUCGGCAGGUGUUAUUCCAGUAUUGGGAAGGUUCAGGAUGCGUUUAUCUCGUACCGUCAGUCCAUUGAUAAGUCCGAGGCCAGUGCUGACACCUGGUGCUCUAUAGGUGUGCUGUACCAGCAGCAGAACCAGCCUAUGGAUGCCCUGCAGGCCUACAUCUGUGCCGUUCAGCUGGACCACAGCCAYGCCGCCGCCUGGAUGGACCUGGGGACUCUGUACGAGUCCUGCGGUCAGCUGCAUGAUGCUAUGAAGUGCUACAUUAAUGCUACACGCAGCAAGGCCUGUGUGAACACUGCUGCCCUCAGUCAGCGCAUCAAACUGCUGCAGGCUCAGUUGUGUAACCUACACCCAGGUAGUCUGCAGAAUAAGAGUAAAAUGCUUCCUUGUAUUGAGGAGGCAUGGAGCCUUCCCAUCCCUGCAGAGCUCACGUCCAGGCAGGGGGCCUUGAACACAGCACAGGCCCAGCAGGCCUGUAAGGGGGAGGGGGUCCAGUCUGCCAACCAUCACACGGAGCCACAGGCCAGUCCUGCUAAGAAGCAGCGUACCUCCAGCCCAGCUAAGACGAGGCAGCAGGCUGCAGCAGCAGGUCCUCAAACACAAGCCAACCUGUCCAACGGGUCUACAGCUGAGUCCUGUCCCCACCCAGGCCUCCCCCACAGCUCUGCUGUCAAUCACACAUCCUGCCAGCCCACCACCAACGGACCUUCUUCUUCCAGUCCUCCUGGGGGGCUGCCAGGACACCUGGACCUGAAGACUCACAGCCCAGCACUGGGAGGAGGCAGCAAUGGAACCGUGCCUUACCUGCAGCAGAACAGUCUACCUCACACCUGCACCAGCAGCCCUACCUGUAGUCCCAGUCCUGCAGAGGAGACCUGGACGAGCCAGCAGCACAGCACUACCACUCAGGGGCUUCAGGAAGGUCCAGGUUCACCGUUGGCAGGUCCUGAAGGAGAACCGUGCUCCUCCCCACACACCACCUCCUGUGUGAGUCAGGGUGGGCACUGCACUGCCUCGUCGUCAGCGUCUUCUCUGUCCCCCACCUCCCCCCAGACCACACCCACCCACCUGUCGUCCCCUCCCCACUCUGCUACUACCUCAGGGCUCCACACCAAAGACUUCACGCCUUCUCGGGACAAACAUGGCUGCAGUGCUGCCGCUCUGUCACYAGGUCCUGAGACCAGCACACGACAAUCUGGAGGGUCAUCCAGCACUCCCCCCACUCCCCCCGCACAGGGAUUGACCAAUCACGUGCAGCUGCAGGUGACUGACAGCUGCUCGGUUCUGUCCCAGCCUGGUUCUCCUGCCCCCGGCACGCUCCCUGCAGACAAUCCUCAGCUGUCAGCCUUUCUGAAGGGACGAGACCACCAUGAAAACCAGGACCACCACAGAGGGUCUUCCUGUGAGAACAUGAACAGUGUCCACCCUGCUGUCCACAGCAGCACCAAGCUGCUGUCAGAGCACUCAGUGACGUCCUCUGCAAGCCCCUCCCCCUCCUCUGCAGAGCCUGUCACUACAAACCCUCCGUCCUGCCUUAACAGCCCCUCCUGCCACAGUCAGGGUCCUGCGCUGAAUGGGACGGAGCUGGAGGACUGUCAGAACCUUCUGAAGGUAGAACCUUCUGGAUCAGCUCAUAGACACUCUGCUGCUCCGCCCCCCUGGUCCUCACUGUCCAUCUACCCCAGCUCCACUGAUGUACUGAAAGCAUGCAGGAACCUGGGGAAGAACGGCCCGUCAUCCAGCAGCAUCUUCCUGGAUCGGUGUCCCCCACCACGGCCGCCUGGACCACCCUCCCCUCCACUGCCAAAGGACAAGCUGAACCCCCCAACACCCAGUGUUUAUCUGGAAAACAAGAGGGAUGCUUUCUUCCCUCCUCUUCAUCAGUUCUGCACUAACCCUGCCAACCCAGUGACCGUCAUCAGAGGCUUGGCUGGGGCACUGAAACUGGACUUGGGUCUGUUCUCCACAAAGACGUUAGUGGAGGCCAAUCCUGACCAUCUGGUGGAGGUGCGCACCCAGCUGGCACAGCCCACUGAUGAAAACUGGGACCCCAGUGGUGCCAGGAAGAUGUGGCGCUGCGAGAGCAGCCGCUCUCACACCACCAUCAUCAGAUACGCUCAGUACCAGGCCACAUCCUUCCAGGAGUCUCUGCGGGAGGAGAAUGAGAAAAAGARGGAAGUGGAGGCAGAUGCAGAUUCCCCUGAUAGCGCCAUGCGGCGUAAGAAGAAUCUGUUCAAACAUCUGAAGUUUGGCACCAACAUCGACCUCUCCGAUGAGAAGAAGUGGAAGCAGCAGCUGCAGGAGCUGGGUAAACUGCCUGCCUUCUCCCGGGUGGUGUCAGCUGGAAACCUGCUGAGUCAUGUUGGCCAUACCAUCCUGGGCAUGAACACGGUGCAGCUGUACAUGAAGGUACCAGGGAGCAGGACUCCAGGGCAUCAAGAGAAUAAUAACUUCUGCUCAGUCAACAUCAACAUUGGUCCUGGUGACUGUGAGUGGUUUGCUGUGCCUGAACCAUACUGGGGCGUCAUUAACAACUUCUGUGAAAAGAACAACAUAAACUUUCUGAUGGGGUCUUGGUGGCCAAACCUGGAGGACUUAUUUGAGAAGAACGUGCCUGUUUACCGUUUCAUCCAGCGGCCGGGGGACCUGGUGUGGCUCAACACUGGUACCAUCCACUGGGUUCAGGCAAUCGGAUGGUGCAACAACGUCGCUUGGAACGUGGGACCGCUCACAGCUCAUCAGUACAAGUUGGCAGUGGAGCGCUACGAGUGGAACAAACUGCAGAGUGUCAAAUCCAUUGUUCCCAUGAUCCACCUGUCGUGGAACAUGGCGAGGAACAUCAAAGUGUCUGACCACAAGCUUUUUGAGAUGAUCAAGUAUUGUUUGUUGCGGACUCUGAAGCAGGUUCAGAUGCAGAGGGAAAUGCUGCUGUCUGCUGGGAAACAGUUGGUUUGGCACAGCAGGACCCAGAAUGAGCCGGCUCAUUACUGCAGCAUCUGUGAAGUGGAGGUGUUCGAUCUGCUCUUUGUGACCACUGAGAGCAACAGCAGGAAGACCUACGUGGUGCACUGCCAGGACUGUGCACGCAGGGCAAGCACAAACCUGGACAGCUUUGUGGUGCUGGAGCAGUACAAGACUGAGGACCUCAUGCAGGUUUAUGACCAGUUUACACUGGCGAGCCCCCUGCCUCCCUCCUGAUGGACGUUACACAACCACAACGGGCUCAAUCACAAACUGUUGUCUCCUUGUUUCCUGAUAUUCAGGACAUGAGGAGGCAGCCCUGUAGCUCUCCACAGGCAGCUGUGUGAAAGCUGUGUGUCUAUGCAACCUGCCCCCAGUGCUGUGCUGCCCCCCAGUGGACCGGAGGGGAACAGCAGCUCCUCCAUUCAUCAUGACCAGACUGUUCCACUGCUGGCCCAGCUGGACUUCAUCUGAACACACAAACACACCAGGUUCUGUACAWAUCCCAUUCAGACUGGCACCAGCACACAAAGACUACUGGAUUAGUUUUUAUUCUUUUUAGUUUCCAGUUUGUGGGUCAACACCAGUGCUUUUAUUCCCUGAUGAGAUGAUUACCAUGGCAGGUCUUUGUUCACACCCAAUCCAUUUAAAAACACUUUUAGUGUGAAAAACAUCAUGUUUUUGUUUUUUAAUCACUUUCUAAAAAUUAAUUUAGAUUWGCUGGACGUCUGAGUCUUUGAGAGAAAAGAGUUGUCGACAAACAGACGAGUCACAGAAAAAGGGUUGCACAUGGACAAGAGUAAAUUAAAUUUGUACUUGUUUCUUUUAUUUCAUGUAAAGUGACACUAUUUAUAAAUGCAUAUUUAUUGCUUGGAAAUAUUUGUCAAUGGAUGCUGUAAUUUUUCUCUAGACUUCCUGCCAUUAAAUUUGAAGAAGUUGUGUGAUUUUGAGCACAGCUCCUCAUAUGUUUUCUAAUAAAACCACUUYUUGUUGUACAGAGACUCCA